GGUUUCUAGGGUUUGCUGGGAAGAGGGAGGUGGGUGGGGCGGUGUGGCGGCUGUAAAUGUGAUCCUCUUGAGGGGAGAUUCGCGGCGAAGAUAGCAGCGGCUGUCGGCGCCGGAGGAUCGUGAAAUUUCAGGGGAUCGAUCGAUCGUCGGCGCCGGCGAGCGGAUGGGCGUCGGUGCUUCCAGAACUGGCGCUACAUUUCGCGCAGGAGGUAUUGGAAUCAUCGGUAGUGGGAUAUCUAGGCGCUGCAGUUCAUGAAAUCUUUGUGAGCCUUACUGCAUUGGGGCUUGCAUGGGCGAUCCUGAAGGCUGGCCACAGCCAAGCGGCCUUUUGCCUGACGGAUCAUCCUCCUUCGCGGCUCUAUUCUCGUCUCUGGACGAUGAGCGCUGGCUCCAGGCAGAGAACAGGACUGGCGAGCUCAUCACACGCAUUCAGCCCACCAAAUUCUCCGAGGAUCGGCGGCGGGCCGUCGCGGACUACGUGGAGCGUCUCAUUCGCAAGUGCUUCGACUGUGAGGUGUUUACAUUCGGCUCGGUGCCAUUGAGAACAUACCUUCCGGAUGGGGAUAUCGACUUGACUGCUUUCAGUGGGCAUCAGCACUUACAGGAAUCAUGGGCGAAUGACGUCCGCGCUGUGCUUGAAGCGGAGGAACGCAGUAAGGAUGCUGAAUUUCGGGUGAAAGAGGUUCAGUACAUCCAGGCCGAGGUGAAGAUCAUCAAGUGUCUGGUGGAGAACAUUGUUGUCGACAUUUCUUUUAAUCAGUUGGGUGGUUUAUGCACACUAUGUUUUCUGGAGGAGGUCGAUCGGUUGAUAGGCCGAGACCAUUUGUUUAAACGCAGCAUUAUACUUGUGAAGGCUUGGUGUUAUUACGAAAGCCGCAUUCUCGGAGCACAUCAUGGUUUGAUAUCCACAUACGCAUUAGAGACACUCGUGCUCUAUAUAUUUCACGUAUUCCAUGCAAGUCUUCGCGGUCCCUUGGGGGUACUGUAUCGUUUCUUGGAAUUCUUUAGCAACUUCGACUGGGAUAAAUAUUGUCUGAGUUUAUGGGGACCUAUUCCACUCUCGGCUCUUCCCGAUAUGCAAGCUGAACCACCGCGGAAAGAUGGAGGACCUUUGCUACUUACUAAGCAUUUCUUGGACUCCUGCAGCCGUGCAUAUGCAGUUAUGCCCAACGGGAACAUAAACGGGAGUAUUGUCCAAAGCCGGGUCUUUGGUUCGAAGUACCUAAACGUGGUAGAUCCUUUAAAAACUACCAAUAAUCUUGGCCGCAGCGUGAACAAAGGAAAUUUCUACCGGAUUCGCAAUGCAUUUGGUUUUGGCGCGCGUAAGCUAGCCCGUAUUUUGGAAUGCCCUCUAGAGGAUGUAGCCGACGAGGUGGAUAAGUUCUUUUUGAACACGUGGGACAGGCAUGGGAGCGGUAGGCGACCUGAUGCUCCCGAGUUCAUUGAGAGGAUGUCUUCGCCGGAUGAAAAGCUGUCCAGUGAAGGAUCUCCCAGGGUUGUGGAGAAGGGUGUGUUAGAGGCGGAGAACGACCAGCAGGUUGAUAAGAAUGCAACAGCUGGUGAACUUAUUCAGGAGCUGAAUAAUUACGCAGUACGCUCUCAACAAAAUGAUUAUAUUUCGGAGACAGGUGAUAAGACGGGCGAAGUGGAGUGUUCGGACGACAGAAGGCCGAUUUCGGAAGAUAAGCUGCCCUAUACAGAUACUGUUCCCGCACCACCACCACCACCACCGCCGCCGCCGCCGCCUGGAGGAUCAUGGGCAGCGCUAAACCAUGGGACUUUUUCGUAUCCGCAUAUAGCUCUACAAGGCGGCUCUCAGGUGUAUUCUGGCUUAAGUCCUCCAACAGACGUCACAGUACCACCAAGUCCGAGCUCCGAAGCAUCUAGUCCUGUGUAUUCUCCACAACGGCCAUCAACGUCUCUUGGUAUACCGGUUGGGCAUUUACUUUCUUCGACAUACGAUGCGGCCGUUUCAAGUAACAUGCAGUCUCGGAAGCAAAGACCGGGGGACGGCCAAGUUCCUCCGUUUUACUAUUCUCCAUUCUCUUAUGUACCUCUCUACAACUCGUACUACGUGUUGCCGCGCGAGGGUGGAGAGGGAGAAACACUGAACGAGAUGCCACCAAAUGCACUACACGAAGACGGCCAGGCGGGGCAGCACAUGGUAUUCGGUGUUGGGGAAAGGCUCAGUGCUGCUGGAAUUCCUGUUAGUUCUGGUGAUCCAGACGCAGACAGGUUGACAGAUGGACAUGGUGCUCAAGUUUGUCAGUCUGAUCUCUUGAGCAGUGACUUCGCUAAUCAUCUUCGGAACUUGGACUACGGGCGAGCCUGCCAGACUGGUCCUAUGUUCCUUCCGCAGCACGCAUUUUUCCCCUUCGCUAAGGAGUUACAAGGUCAUUACAUCUGGGAAGGUCCUGGGAGACCUCAUUCGAACGUCAACUUGAAGCAUGGGCCGGGGUCUCCACGAAUUCCUAGAAGAUCUUUUCCUGGACCUGUUGGCUUUAAUGGAGACGCUCGCGCGGGCACCGGAACCUAUCUUCCUGGGACGCGGCAGACUUACCGGGAAAGGCAGUACAGAGGCCAACAUGAUGGCUAUCAAGAACGGGAGUGUGAAAGAGAUGCACCUCCUCGUUAUCAGCGUAGUGUGGGCCGUGGUCAGAAUAGUCGCAUAGGACAUGGGAAAGCAGGUGACAAAGGAGGAUGGCAUGACAGCUUUAACAGGAACGCAGUUCAUGCAGCUCCAGUAACAUUAUCUUCUGGCAAUCCGCCGGGGACACCGGAAGCUUAUUCUCAGGUGUAUAUGAACGGCAAUGGGAACACGUCGAUUGUUGUAUACCCGUCCAACGAACCGCUUGAGUUUGGGACGCUUGGGGCAGUGCAGGGCUCUGAGCUUGGGGCCGUUCGUGUGAGCUCUAAGGGGCAGCAGGCUGCGGGUCAAGAUAGACAACAGCCGUCCUCCCCGAAUGACCAGCAAAGGCAAAACCAGAGGGCUUACCAAAUGAAAGAAGAGGACUUCCCACCUCUUUCUUUCAGAGCGCAGGGAGGGAAUAGUUCCACGAGUGGUAACGGGGCUGGCACUCGCAGUUCCCCGUAUCAGACGUACGUUGCAUCUCAGUCGUGAGUUGGAGCGCACCAGAGCUAAGACUUGCUGUUUGUAUAUUUUACUAUAAUUGUAGCUGCUUUUCUAAUUGUAAACUGGGCUGUAUUUGUUGAAGCUUUAGGCCCGACUUUUUUUUUCUCACUCGGACAACAAGUCGUAUGUUUU